CAAAGGAGGAAGCAACAACAACAAAAUAUCUGCUGCCAUCAUGAAGACUAUAUGAAAAAUACAAGAGAAAAUCCACAAAAAAGAGAGAAUACAAUUAAAAGGAUAAAGGAGCAGGAAAUUAACGAAGGGAAAUCCGGUAGAUAAGGAUUUCGACCUGAAGUUAUAGGAUUUUCUCAUUCGAUCAAAGCGAUACCUUUUUUUUUUUGUUUUCUAUAAUUUUUUUUUUUUUUUUUUUGGUGGCGCCAUGCCACCUAGGCCCCACGGGCCCCCCCUGCCCCUGUCCAUGUCUCGUACGGGGUGCAGUCACAGUAAUUGUAAUAAUUACAAUUAAAAUAAGCGACUGAAAAACAAAACGAAAUUAAAAAAAAAAAAGGAAUACAAUAUCAAAUAAAUAAAUAAAAAUUAUAUAACAAAUAGCCGCCAUAAAUCGUGAAGUGAAGUGCACUCGCAGUCGCAGUGUCGGCGGCACAGUGAAUUCCAGACACAAAAUGACUAUGAAAUCGAUGAAGUACUCCGAUUGUGAUACCAUCAUGGAUGGCUACAAUCCGGUGCCGCCGCCCCUGCCCCGCCGAGUGCCCCCCGUGCGAAAUAUAUACGCCGAGCCCUUUGCCCACGAGCCGAACCAUUCCAGCAGAUUGGGCGGCCACCCACAGCAGAUGCCGCAGAGCAUGUCAACUGGCAGCAACACAAUCGGCCAUGGCGGCAUCGAUCGCGGCGGCGUUGGACUGCCAAUGGGCGCUGGAACAAUGCCCGGCGGUGUUGGAGGCGGUGGCGGCGGUGGACAGGUGGGCGUAGGCGGUGGCCCACAGGUGGGUCCGCCCGGGAGCGGUAAUGGAGGCAACUGCCAGAUAAGCGGCUCCCAGCCGCUGGUCAUGCCCGGAUUCCCGUUGCGUAAUUCUCACUCAGCGCAUGCACCGCAUUAUUCGCCAUAUUCACCAUCCAGGUUUCACAUAGAUAAACGCUGUCAGCACCGAUGUUCCUGGAAAUGCUUGAGCAUCGCCUUAAUAUUCGUAUCCGUCGUCCUAACCGCCAUGGUGGCAUACUUUGCAGCAGUCAACUCAAUGAAGCCGAACAUGGACAGCACCAACUGCAUCCUAGUGCAGGACGUCAAGUCACAGCCCCACGACCUGCGCGGCGGCCUGGCCAAGGCGAAUGAGAAGGGUGUGGCCACCGCCUAUCCCACAGAGGAAUCGAUCCAGACCAGCACCUCGGACCACAAUCACAACCAUCAGAACGGGUUGAAUGCGGCGUCGGGUAACAAUGGAGUUGGCGGAGUCGGUGGCAAUGCGGGCAUUCAGCAGCAACUGCUGCUGCAACAACAGCAGCCGCAUUCGAUUAACCAGCCGCUGACACCGUUGGAUGCCACGAAUACCCAGCUGCAGGAUCACCAGCAACUCACCUACGGCGGCGGCAUAGCCGGCUCAAACGGUGGCCUAAAUGGCGGACUGGGCGGUGGUCAGCUGCUGCAGCCAAACGGAGGACUGGCUGGCGGCCAUCAUCACCAUCAGGCGCUGCAGCCGCAGCUUGGCGGCGUCGUCGAGCUGAAGGAGUUCAACGAGGCCUACCAUGCCACCAUACCCGCCUAUCAGUUCUGGACUUUGGAAUUCCGCAACAAGCAUCCGGCCUUUAUCAGAUUCAACUUUACUUUGCCCUGGGGCGCCCACUUUGCGGUCUAUUCCCGCCGCAAUGUGGCCCCGUCCGUGACGCAGCAUGAUUUUGUGGAGUUCAUCAAGGGCGGACGUCUUGAUAGCCAUUUGCGACAUCGUCGCAGCUCCAACGGAUCCAUGAACUCCAUUGCCGCCGGUGGCCAACAAGAUGUGGAACUGUUUCGUGAGGAGGAGCGCGACCGGAGUCGUCUACUGGAAGAACACGAUCGAGAGGACUCCGAGCUGGAUGAGAGCCACAGCUUUGAAUCGAGUGAGGCCUACGAUGUGGAGACACCGCUAGAUACGGCCAAGCAGCAUCUGCAGAGGAUCGGCAAGCCGCAGGGUAGCCAUUGGCUCAAUAAGAGAUCCGCUGGCGAUGCCGGUCUGCCCGCUCUCGAUGUGGACGCCAUGACGGUGAAUGUGUCCCUGCUGCAGUAUCUGGAUACGGGUCUAUGGUUCAUAUCGGUCUAUAACGAUGAGUUGGUUGCCCAUUCGGUGUCCCUGCUGGCCGAGGAGGCCGAGGGUGUUAGCACCACCUGUCCGAAUGAUUGCUCUGGACGUGGCAGCUGUUACCUGGGCAAGUGUGACUGCAUUGAUGGCUACCAGGGCGUGGAUUGUUCGAAGAGCGUCUGUCCCGUCCUGUGCUCGGCCCAUGGACACUAUGGCGGCGGUGUUUGCCACUGCGAGGAGGGCUGGAAGGGCGCCGAGUGCGACAUUCCAGUGGGCGAAUGCGAGGUGCCCAAUUGCUCCAGCCAUGGACGCUGCAUCGAGGGCGAAUGCCACUGCGAGCGUGGAUGGAAAGGACCCUAUUGCGAUCAACACGACUGCCUGGACCCACUCUGCUCCGGACAUGGCACCUGUGUCGCCGGCCAAUGCUACUGCAAGGCUGGCUGGCAGGGCGAGGAUUGCGGCACCAUUGACCAGCAGGUGUAUCAGUGUUUGCCCGGCUGCUCUGAGCAUGGAACCUAUGACCUGGAGACGGGACAAUGUGUCUGCGAGAGGCACUGGACGGGACCAGAUUGCUCGCAAGCUGUCUGCAGUUUGGAUUGUGGCCGGAAUGGCGUAUGUGAGUCCGGCAAAUGCCGUUGCAAUUCCGGAUGGACCGGCAACCUGUGCGACCAGCUGCCGUGCGAUUCACGUUGCUCGGAACAUGGCCAAUGCAAGAAUGGCACCUGCGUCUGCUCACAAGGAUGGAAUGGCCGUCACUGCACGCUGCCUGGCUGCGAAAAUGGUUGCUCUCGACACGGUCAGUGUACCCUGGAAAAUGGUGAAUAUCGUUGCGAUUGUAUUGAAGGAUGGGCUGGUAGCGAUUGUUCAAUUGCCUUGGAACUGAACUGCAAGGAUAAUAUCGAUAACGAUGGCGAUGGCAUGACCGAUUGUUCAGAUAGCGAAUGCUGCUCUCAUCCCGCCUGCUCGGAGCACAUCAUGUGCCUGUCCUCCAACGAUCCCGUGGAGGUGCUCCUCCGUAAGCAGCCGCCCUCGGUGACGGCCUCCUUCUACCAGAGGGUCAAGUUCCUCAUCGAGGAGAACUCGGUGCAGUCGUACGCCCACAUGGACGAGUACAGCGAAAAUCGUGUUUCGGUGAUGCGAGGACAAGUGAUCACGCCCCAAGGACUGGGCAUUGUGGGCAUACGCGUUUCCGUGGAUCGUGAUUCCCGAUUUGGCUUCACUCUGACACGUCAGGGAGGCUGGUUCGAUGUCUUGGUGAAUGGCGGCGGUGCGGUGACCUUGCAGUUCCAACGCAGUCCCUUCAGGCCGCUAACGAGGACCGUGUUUGUGCCCUGGAACAGGAUCGUUGUCCUGCCGCCGGUGCAGAUGCAGCUGAGCGAUGAUGAUGAGACCACCAGCAGGAAUAUCAAAGUGGCUCCCUUGAAUCCCGCCCUGACGUUCCUCAAUUCGAUCCACUACCACACGGCGGAUGAGGCCAAUGAUGCCAGCAAGGUGUGCAUGGAUCAUGAUCAUGAGAAGCUACGCCCUCAGCUGAUCAGCACUUGGAUGCCCAAUGGCGUGGGGGCCAUGCCCGGCAAGAGGGUCAUCUUUGCAGAGACUCAGAUCGUCCAAGAAUCCAUCCAGAUACCCGGCUCGGACCUGCAUCUCACCUACCAAUCCUCUCAAGCCAGCGGCUACCUAAGCAUUGUCCGUAUGCGCCUCACCGCCGAAACCAUACCGCCCACCCUCACCCACGUCCAUGUGGGCGUGGAAAUCGAGGGAGCCCUGCACGUAAAGACCUACGAGGCGGAUCCCAGUCUGGUGCACACCUUCGCCUGGAACAAGCGCAAUGUCUACCGCCAGAAGGUGUACGGCGUGACCGUGGCCCGAAUCUCGGUGGGCUAUCAGCACAGCACUUGCCAGUCGCCGGUUUGGAUUGCCCAGACAGCCAAACUCCAGGGCUACGACGUGGACAUUUCAGACAUUGGAGGCUGGGGCCUGGACAUCCAUCAUCACUACAACUUCCAUGAGGGCAUUCUCCAAAAGGGCGACGGUAGCACGCUUCACAUGAAGGAAUAUCCGCGUACAGUAAAGGUGGUAAUGGGCACUGGCCUUCAGAGACCCCUCACCUGUCCGGAUUACUGCAAUGGCGUGGCCAAGGAUGCCAAGCUCUUGACACCCAUUGCCCUGGCCACCGGCCCCGAUGGCAGCCUUUAUGUGGGAGACUUUAAUCUGGUGCGAAGGAUUACGCCCGAUGGCAAGGUGUUUACCAUUCUACAACUAAGCGCCACCCAGGUGUCAUAUCAAUACUAUUUGGCCGUCUCCCCGGCCGAUGGACACCUGUACAUCUCCGAUCCCGAACGCCAUCAGAUCCUGCGACUGUUGCGCCUGGAGAAGGUCAAGGAUCCGAGCAUCAACAGCGACCCAGUGGUGGGCAGUGGCCAGCGCUGCAUUCCCGGUGACGAGGGCAAUUGUGGCGAUGGUGGACCCGCCCUACUUGCCCGGCUAUCGCAUCCCAAGGGACUGGCCAUUGCCGCGGACCGUACCAUGUAUAUUGCCGAUGGCACCAAUAUCCGUGCCGUGGAUCCCAAGGGUGUGAUACACACCUUAAUCGGUCAUCAUGGACACCACAAUCAUUGGAGCCCGGCGCCAUGCAGUGGCACUUUGAUGGCCAACCAGGCGCAGCUACAGUGGCCCACUGGUCUGGCUCUUAGCCCGCUGGAUGGAUCGUUGCACUUCAUCGACGACCGACUGGUCCUGCGACUCACCUCCGAUAUGAAGAUCCGCGUGGUGGCCGGCACACCGCUGCACUGCAGCAACGGUGCUGGACAGGACGGCAGGGUCAAUAAGACCGGUACGGACAAUGUACUUGGCACCGUCCUGGCCAUGGCCUUCUCACCGUUCGGGGAUCUCUACAUAGCGGACAGCGAUUCCAGGCGAAUUAACUCCAUACGCGUGGUGGACACGGCAGGAAAUAUGAGAUAUUUUGCUGGCAAACAGGAGAGCUCGGGCUCCCAGACCUGCGAAUGUGCCAUUGGAGGCGGCAGCAAUGGCAGCUCUGCCUCCUCCGGCGUGGGCGUGGCUAGUGGUGGUGCCUAUUCCACAACGGUUAAUCCCACGCGGCCCAAUGGCGGCACCACGCCCACCACACCGGCUGGAGGAAACGGAAGCGGAAACGGAAAUGGCAACGCUUCGUCGGCAGGCGCAUCAGGCGCCGCCGGCAGUGGUUCCAGUGGCUCCAAUGGCGGCGCCUGCAUCUGUGCCGGCGGCAUUGCCCUCGGUGGUGCCUCCGGCUCUGGCACGAACUCGGGAUCGGGCAACGGUGGCGGUGGCACCUUGGCCAGCAUUGUCGGUGGCGGCGGUCUAAUGUCCACGGGACCCACCACAACCACCACGGUGCUGCUGGGCGCCAAGACAACGGCAUCGGGCAUUGGCGGUGGAGCGGCCACGCUGAACGACGAUGGAACGCUGAGCAAUGCGGAGACGCUGCUCUCAUCGAAUGCCCGCUUCCAGGCCAUAUCCGCCAUUGCGGUGGCUCAGGAUGGAGUUAUCAAUGUGGCCGAUCAGGGAUCCCUUCACGUCCUGGCCCUGGAGCACUAUCUACCCUCACACGACGAGAACGGCGAAUUCCACAUACCCUUCCCGCCCUCCAGCGAGAUUUAUGUCUUCAAUCGGUACGGCCAGCAUGUGGCCACCAAGGAUCUGACCUCGGGCAAGACCCGCUACAGUUUCCUAUACUCGAAAAACACCAGCUUCGGCCGUUUGUCCACCGUGACAGAUGCCUCCGGCAACAAGAUCCAGUUCCUGCGCGACUACAGCAACGUGGUAAGUUCCAUUGAAAACACGCAAGACCACAAGUCCGAGAUCCAGAUCAAUGGCAUCGGCAUCAUGACCAAGCUGAGCGAGAAGGGUCGCCAGGAGAUCGAGCUGGACUACGACAGCAACACGGGUCUGCUGAACUCGCGCUCCUCGGGCGGCGAGACCUACAUCUACCAGUACGAUGAGUUUGGCCGUGUCACCGGAAUGAUUCUGCCCAGCGGUGAGAUUGUAAGGAUCACCUCUCAGCUGGCGGACAGCCAGGGAUUGACUGUGUACGUGCAUGCCUCCGUGGAGUCGCUCUUCUCUCGGGAACGCAUCUCCGGGGAGGCCAAUGAGCUGCUUGUACUGGGCGGCGUUAGAUCCACCUUCCUCAAGCGCGGACAGGCUCAUGCGGAUGCGGAACUCAAAGCCAACAAUACCUUGGUCAUCCAUGGAGACAAUGGCGUCGUGGUGGAGGCCUCAGCUGUGGCCAGGCAUCCCCUGCUGGAGGCUGCUCUACCCGUGGAAGCUGAAAUGCUGGCCAUGUGGUCUCACCAGAGCGUCACCAUGGGCGAAGGUCUGACCAACUCGAUGUAUUCGGUGUACAGUUUGGUGGGCGAUGUGCGCAAUCCCCAGCAGACGCUCAACCGCGAGAUCUGGGUGAACCAAUCCCGGGUCAUUGGUGUGGAAUUUGAUCAGUUUACCAAUCGGGAGACCUUCUACGAUGCCCGCCGCACCCCCAUACUGAUUGUGGCCUACGACCAGUCGGGUCUGCCCAAGUCUUACUACCCCACGAAUGGCUACCCGGUGAACAUUACCUACGAUCGCUUCAAUCGCGUCGAGGGUUGGGCCUGGGGCCCUGCUGAGCUCAAGUACAGCUACGAUCGUCACGGUUUGCUCUCGGAGAUUACCUCGCAGCAGGAUGGCAUAGUGUCCUUUGUUUACAAUGACUGGAAUCUGGUCUCGGAAAUAGGCCUGGCAAGUCAGCGGAAAUUUGUGUUGCAAUAUGAUGAUGCUGGUGGUCUAAGGCAUGUGGUUUUACCCUCUGGAACAAGGCAUAGUUUCAGCAUGCAGACUUCGAUUGGUUUCAUCAGGUGCACUUAUACACCGCCCGGCAGCACGAGGGCCUACCUGCAGCACUACAGUCAUGCGGGAGCUUUGCUACAGACCAUUUUGCCUGGCGAUGGAGCAAGGAUAGUAUAUCGCUACAAUGCCGCCGGUCAGCUUACAGAGGUGGUGCAUGGAGAUGGCCGAAGUGAAUUCCAAUACAACGAGGCCACUGGAAUGCCCAGCACAGUUUCGCACACGGAGCGGGAGUUGGAGUAUCGCUGGGACUUUGAAUAUGCUGCGGGAUUACUGGCCGAGGAAAGGAUUGACUAUGUGGCCAAGACGGGGCUAAGCAAUGCCAAAUUUAGCUACGAAUACGACUCACAAUUGAGGGUGAUUACACUCCAGGGAAGGAUUGGUGGUCAGAGUCUACCCUCGCAGGCCUUUGCCUAUGAUUCGCGCACAGGAAGACCCAGCCUCAUAGGACAGUUCCGUUACUCCCAACUGGCUCAAAACCAAACCCAGCUGCAUGAUGGCACGGCCAGCUUCACACGCACCGUGGAUGGUCGCUUCCAGACCCAACGCAUGGCCCUGGCCAUACAUCGUCUAGAGGUGUUCCGCAUGGAGUUCUCCUACGGAGUGCAUGGCCGUAUCUCUCAAACUCGAACCUACACCAGAAAUAUGGCUGUAAAUAGUUAUACAAACGUGAAGAACUACACCUGGGACUGCGAUGGACAGCUGGUGGGUGUGGAGGCCCAAGAACCCUGGGGCUUCCGUUACGAUGACAAUGGUAAUCUCCUCUCGCUGACAUACCGAGGCAACACCAUACCCAUGGAGUACAAUGCCCAGGACAGGAUCGUCAAGUUUGGCGAGGGGCAGUACAAGUACGAUGCUCGGGGAUUGGUGGCCCAGAAUGCGCGCGAGGAGCGCUUCCACUACAAUACACAGGGUCUGCUGGUGCGUGCCUCCAAGCGGGGACGCUUCGAUGUCCGCUACUACUACGAUCAUCUCAAGCGGUUGACCACGCGCAAGGAUAACUUUGGCAAUGUCACCCAGUUCUUCUACACCAACCAGCAGCGUCCCUAUGAGGUUAGCCAGAUCUACUCGCCGCGAGAUGGCAAGCUCAUGUCGCUGACCUACGACGAUGUGGGUCACCUCAUCUACGCCCAGGUGUACCGCCACAAAUACUACGUGGCCACGGAUCAGAGUGGCACUCCCCUGAUGCUCUUCAACCAGUAUGGCGAGGGUAUACGCGAGAUUAUGCGUUCGCCUUUCGGGCACAUUGUCUACGAUUCGAAUCCGUAUUUGUAUCUCCCGAUAGACUUUUGUGGCGGCAUCUUGGACCAGGUAACCACACUGGUUCAUAUGGGUGAUGGUAGGGUCUAUGAUCCCCUGAUUGGCCAGUGGAUGUCACCCGACUGGCAGCGAGUGGCCGAGAGGAUCAUCACACCCACAAGACUUCAUCUGUAUCGCUUCAAUGGCAAUGAUCCCAUCAAUGUGGGUCACGAGCGUCACUAUCCCCAAGAUUUUGCCGCCUGGAUGAAGACUUUGGGCUAUAAUGUGGGUAACCUAGUGCCACAGCUCUCGCGGGAUUUGUGGCAGCCACCAGCGUUAUGGGGACGUCCGCCCACCAAUCCAGUGGCCUUGAAUCUACGCCGACCCUUUGACAAUAUACCCACAAUGGCCGUGGAGAGCGGCUUCCUGGCUCACCUCAAUGUGCGUCGCAUGUCGGACUUUGAGCAGCUUUCGGCGCCACCGAGAUCAGCCUUGAAAUGCGACGUUAUGGAUCCCUCGCCGCGCUCUAUAGGAUCGGAUACAGAGCCGCCUUUUGGCAAGGGAAUUGUGGUCUCACGAACAGCCGAUGGACAGGCCAUUGUGUCGAGUGUGCCAGCUGCCAAUGCCAUCUACAGGGAUGUGUAUACGAGUGUAUUUAAUCGCUCCAAGCUGCUGCCCUUCACCUUUGUGGUGCACAAUGCCCAGCAGGAUUCGUUCUUCUUUGUAAAGGAGGAUGCCUGGCGGGCCACCGAGGACAGGCAGCAACUGAAGCGGCUCCAGGGACAGGUGAAUACCACUUUCCAUGAGAUAACCCGUGAGCCAACGGUGGGCACACCAGCCUCGGCUUCAGCCUCAUCAUCGAGCAGCUCCUCCUCGUCUUCAUCCUCGUCCUCCUCCUCCUCCUCGUCGUCGUCGGGCAACUACCUGGACGUGAAGAUCCAUGGAGCGCAUGCCAUCAUCAAUCUGAGAUAUGGCACCACGGUGGCCAAGGAGCAGCAGCGCCUAAUGCAUCAUGCCAAGCUAACGGCGGUGCGCAAGGCGUGGCAUCGCGAGAAGGAGGCCCUGCGCAGUGGCCUAACCACGGCGCUGGAGUGGAGCCAGCAGGAGAGCGAGGAGAUUGUGAAGCAGAGUUAUGCCAACAACUACGAGGGUGAGUACAUCCACGAUGUGGCCCUGUACCCGGAGCUGGCGGAGGAUCCCUACAACAUAAAGUUUGUGAAGAAGAAGGGAGCCACCGGCGGUGCGGCAGGUGUGCCGAAUUCAAGAAGACGUCGUCGUCGAUCUGUCGAAGAGGAGUCGCCGGCACCAGAGGCAGCGGAAACGGAAACGGAAGUCGACUGUUAGCUCGAGAAACUGUACUAAAAAGAAGAAGUAAAAUGAGAAACAAAGUAAGUAGAAACAAGAUAAAGCCGAACCCAAGAGCAAGCAUAAGCGAGAGACGUAAUUAUUUAUAUAAAUAGUACAUAUAGUACAUCAAAUCUAUGUUAUCGAAACAGUUUUUUGAUGUCAAGGAGCAUUAUAUAUAUAUAUACACGUAUACAUAACAUAUUUUUUUUUUUAUUGUUAGCCACUAUAUAUAUAUAUAUAUAUAGAACAAAAGAAAAGGAAGAGAUGAGAAAAGAGAAAGAGAAAGCUAGAAGAAAGCCAGCCACAUAAUCUCAUGUAGCUGCAUGUGCGUCUUAAGUGUAUAUGUGUGUGUGUGUGUGUAUGACAGAUACAGAAUAUAUAUAGUAAAUAUAUAUAAAAGAUAAAAAAUAGAAGAUAGCAUAGUGUAGUAGUCAUAUAUAAAGCAUAAAGCGUACCAUUUACACACAGACUCACCACAAUAAGGAUAGAACGAAAAGGGGAAGAAUUGUAGAGAAGAAAGGUAGAAAAGAGGAAGGUAGAGAAGAGAGGUAAAGAAGAAAGGUAGAG